AUGUUGUCAGUUCUUACAAUCGCACCUUAUGCGGGCGGACUGCUCAUUUUUGCCUCUCUAUUCUUCUUUGCAUUUCCUUAUGGUAAAUACCUUCGUGAUCCCAAAGGACUGCGAAAAUACCCCAACCUUCACCCUCUCUCUGGCAUAUCCGCAAUUCCUUUCAUGCUUCUGGCUUUAACGGGAGCUCGAUCCAUGGAAUUAUCGCGACUUCACAAAAAGCACCCUGUGAUUCGGACCGGACCUAACACCCUCUCCUAUGGCGACGUGAGAGCAAUUAAGGACAUCUAUGGUCACAACACAAAGUGUACCAAAGAUGACUCCUACAAUGUAACGGCUGGAUCUCACUUCAGCCUCGCCGACGUCGUGGACAAGUCAGAUCAUGCCAGAAAGCGCAAGGUUCUGUCUUCUGCCUAUGCACUGAAGAAUUUGGAGAGCUGGGAAUUCAAAGUCACCGAUAAGAUCCAGCGAAUGUUCAAGCACUUUGAUCAAGUGUGCACACCAACUCCCAAAGAAGAUGUUGCCUCUGGAAGAGUAGCACCUGAUCGGACAGACUUGACUCUCAAUCUGCGGGCCUGGAACAACUUCUUUACUCUUGAUGCCAUUGCGGACAUUGGACUUUCUGAGAAGCUGGGAUUCUUGGACCAAGGGAAUGAUCUCUGUAUUGCAGAGAGAAAGGAUGGCUCGACAUAUACUACUAGCUUGCGCGAUGCUCUCUAUCCAACUGCACGCAAGCAGUCAUACAUUCUUUGGAACUACGCUUGGUACCCCGCCCUCAACAAGCUGGUCAAUGUUUUCCCAUUCUUCAACAAGAUGCAACAAUCAGCAGAUAACUGGGAGAACAUUAUGUGGCGACGAGGAAACGAACGACUCCGCCGCUACGAAGCAGGCGAGAAGCUCGAUGACUUCUUCCAAGCUCUGAUGGAAGAUAAAAAUGGCAACCCCAAUAACCUUGAAUUCGGCGAAGUGGUCGCUGAGUGCAACAUCAUGAUGAAUGCAGGCAGUGUGACUACUGCUGUCGCAAUUACAAACGUCAUGUACCAGCUUAUUCAAAGCCCUCGUGUUCUCGCAAAGCUACGAGAGGAGUUGGAUAACGUCCUCGACGAAGAUGAAUACGUCGCUGACUACGACAAAGUCAAGCAUCUUCCAUAUCUCCGCGCUUGCUUGGAUGAAUCCUUACGACUUUUCUCUCCAACUCCGCAUGGCCUUCCUCGUGAGACACCAGCAGAGGGUACAAAUAUCCUCGGAGAAUGGGUCGCUGGUAAUACCUCUGUCAGUAUGUCUGCCUUAGUCGCUCAUCGCGAUGAGGGUAUUUUCCCUAAGGCAGACCAGUAUAUUCCUGAGCGAUGGCUUGGUGAAGAGGGUAAGGCUCUUCAACCUUACUUCAUUGCCUUUUCGGCGGGUGCGCGAUCUUGUAUCGGUCGCAAUAUCUCUUAUUUAGAGCAGACAAAAGCUGUGGCUUCUAUGGUACACCGAUAUGAUUUCGCCUUGUCGCAUCCUGGAUGGGAGCUCAAGAGGGAGGAGACUAUGAAUUGGAUUUUGGGAGAUAUGCCGGUGAAGAUCUGGAGGCGAACGGCGGUCUAG